GCCUGGGCCAUAUUGGAUUGUUGGUGAAAUAGCAUCUCUAGAAAAUGUUGCUGAUUGGUGUUAUUUGGGAUGUAUUGAUUGCAACAAGAAAGUAAUCCCCGAUGGCGAGAGUUUCAGAGAAAAAUGGAUCCGAAUUUGCUCCCAACCGAAUUGAAUCGCUUCCUUGGACAGAAGUGUUUGUUUAAUGUUUUCUUGAAACCAGAUGUCGGUAGUCCACACUGGACAGGGCCAAGGGCUUUUGGUGUUAGAUCUUUGGUCACUGACCCGAAGAUCUUGAAAAACUAUGAACAUGUUGCAUUUGUGGAGGACAAGGAAGCCGAGGAAGAGAGUGAAGGUUGGUGGAAUUCACUAGAAGAUUUGAGCCAAAAAGUGAAUGAAGUGGUAUAAUGCUUUUACUUCUAAGAUAAACAAAAAUAUUAAUAAAAGAUGAGAAGAUUAAUAAGGAUUUAAAAUUUUAUCUAACCAUGUUCACUUGGCUCAAAGCAUUUUUUGCAGUCAGAAAAAAAAUGAACAUGGCUAAUUGUUCAUGUCCCACGGUCGGCGCCAAAAUGAUGGUGUAAAUUAUCGACCGGUAUAUCGUUUUAGCCCGGCUAAAACGAUAAACUAGUCUAAAAAAUACACCAAAAUAUAAACACGGAAAUUUUUACGUGGAAACCCAAAUCGGGAGAAAACCACGGGCCUUUUUUGGCGGUACCUUGCCAACGGAGGAUUUUUAUUAAUAUCGGGGGUGUGUACACGGUACAUGAUUUAGGCGUAGAAGCCAUUAAUGGAGCAUUUGAGCUCUUGAAGAAGAAGAAAAUAUACACUAAAGCUUUCUAGAGAGAGAGUAGAUGAGCAGGGAAUGAGAGUGAAAUUGGCUCCCUUAGCAUUGAGGGGG